UUGACAUCGUGUGUAUUAUUUUGUUGGUGAUUGCCUGGAUUCCAAAACAGAAAAACGAGGAGAAAGAGAGGAAAAAAAAUGUCUUCACAAUAUUGACGUGUUGUGGCGAUAUGUACACAUUGUGUGUGAGAGAGAGAGUGAGGGACUCGUUUCAUCCAAUGGUUUUAUGAACUAAUUUGGGAUUAUUUUUGUUGUAUCGUUGUAAUCGUUCACAAAGUUCAUGGUGCUCACGUUCUCUCUCGCUCUCGUGUGUGUUUCAUAAGUGCGCUGCGAUUUUUCUUAUUAUCAUCGCUGUCGACGACGACGACGACGACGACAACGACGACACAAUUUCGUACAAUGUGUGAUACGAAAUAAUUUUUUGUUGGAUUACAUUCUAUCGUAAUUUUUUGUUCAUUUUGUUCGUCUCUUUAUUUUUGUUCCCUCGCUCAAAGAGAUAUAGAUGUCAUAAGAGAGCAGUAGCAGCAGCAGAAAAAAAAACAUAUAGCUAUUGUGAGUGCUUGUGUAUUUGUGCAUAUUCAUGACCGAGGCAGGCAAGCAGGCAGCACAACGAUAUGAAGGAAAAUUCUUUUAUCGUUGUAUUUGUGAACACUGUAUGUGAAUGUGUCACAUUUGGUUAAAUUUAACAAAUUUCAUUGACUUUGAUACAAAAUCUACACAAGAGAAGGAAAAAAAACUAUCGUUCAUUUUUCUACUGUGAAUUUCAACGAGACGACGGCACACACCGAAAUUCUUUUUUGUUAUUCCAAAGACGGGAAAAAUAAACAAAUAGUUGAAAAUGUUAAAAUGAUUCGUGCCCAACUGAAAAAAAAACGAUUUUCUGAUUUGAUUAACAGGCAACGUGAGUUUGUAUGAGUGAGUGUUUUCGACAAUUUUGAUUGUUGCAAAAAUAAAGGCGCGAACCAAUUCUUCGCCUGUUUGUGUGCUCUGAAACGGAUUAUUCGUACAAAUAUGUUGGUGUAGCUGAGUUUUUUUUCGCUCUGUCUCUCGUUUUUUUUUGACUUCAUUGAAAAAAAUGCAUAUUUUCAUUCUGAUUUUUUUUUCUUUUUUAAAUCGGUGGUUCUUCAUCACUUGAGCGAAUGAACUCAUGAAUUAUGUGAAUGUUAUUUGCACGGGCGAGUUGAAAUAAGUACCCUAACCGAUUGGCAAUAUGUGCAGUUCACAACAACAAAAUCCCAAUUUACAUAAUAGAUUUUUCGAAUACCCGUUCCGAAUCAACCAGUCACAAUAUGGUGUGUUGAUGAAAUUUCGUUCCCAUUUUCCGCCCAGCCAAAAUGAUUAAAUUGCCUGUAAACAGACACACCAACACGCACAACAUUCCAUAUCAAUUAUAUCCAGUUUGCUCCGCACUUCCUCGGUGUGUAUGCUUUAUUUUACAUUGAUAUCCACCACACACUGUUGGCGAUUAUCCAUCGUUUCGGGGGAAAAAAGCGGUUGAAAAUUGAACGAACCGAUUCAUAAUUGGAUGCAAAGGAAUUUAAGUGAAUUGAUGAGAAACAAAUAUCGAACCUAGACAACAUGUGGGAUUUGAAGAAAAAAAUUAGCCCAAAAUAUGUGUUGAAUGAGGAAAAUGUGGCAUUUCUUAUUAUCAGUAGCUGUGUUCAUGUAUGAAGUGUAUGCGCGUUUGUGUGAGUAGUUCGUUUUAUCCAUGCACCUUAUCUAUGGUUUAUGAGUGCAAUCAUUCCAUAUGCCAAAACGGAAUGAAAACAAUGCCCGUUUCCAAGAGUUGUAAUCAACAAAAAAAAGUUGUGCGAAUAUUUAGCGGGAGAAUUUCUAUAGCAGCUCCAUCGAAAACGUCGUUCGUGAAAUCGGUUCAGAAAUGAGAAAACGGAAUUUUUAUUUUGUGUGUACGUUGACGGAAAGAUACCAAACAAAAAGUAUGUUCUCGUUUUGUUCGUUGGCCACUCGAAACUUAGUAAUUAUUUGCGUGUCUCACGGUGCGGGGGAAAAAUCUAGUGUGUUUAGAUAUCAAUUGAGUGAAUACAAAGACGAUUCAAACGAAGUGAAAACCAGAGAGAUACAAAUAAACAGAAGAAAGAUUAAAAAAAAAAACUUUGAAUUCUGGCAGUUCAAGUGGGAAAGGAAAGAGAGAGUGAACGAUUAAGUGGGCAAAAAGCGGUGAGCCGAUUGGUGCAAAGAUACGAGUGGUGGCAACACGGUUGCUAUGGAAAGCAACAUGGUCGAAGAAAAUGGUAAUUCGAGCCUCGAUCCAUUGGGCGGUGAAUCGGCAUCUGGACACAAUAAUACCGACGACAAUUCAACACAUCAGUCGCAACAAUCACAGCUAUCCUCAGCGUUGCAUCAUCAUCAACCGCAACAACAACAUCAACAACAGCAACAGGACGCGUCGCCAUCGGGCGCUGUUUUGGCAACGUCAGCGAACAUUGUACAAUUUAUUCCAACCCAAAGCGUUCAGGCUCAAUCUGUAAUACAGGCCAAUCAAUCGUCGGUCAUACAAACAGCAGCUAAUCUACAGCCAUUACUGGGGAAAGGUGUUUUGUAUGUGAACAAAGGAAAUUCAGUCAUACACACAGCGCCUGGUAUCCAAGUUCAGAUCAAACCGGAACCGCAUUCGCUAGCAAAUCAAGUGCAUGCCACAGAUACGAACAGUGAUAACGACAGCAUGAGCGACGAUGAUUCGCUAAAACGACGAAGGGAUUUGCUGACACGACGGCCAUCAUACCAUAGAAUUCUGAAAGACAUCACGGGCCCCGACAUUGCUGGUAAUUAUAAAUUACUUCCAACAUCUGCGCUACAAAUUGCCGGCGUGCAAAGUGCCGAUGGCUUACAUGCGAUACAAACGGGUGGCAGCGGUGGAACUAUCGUGCAAUACGCGGCACAAAAUCCGGAUGGACAAUUUUUCGUACCUGCAGAAGACCAAUCACGAAAACGUGAGAUUCGAUUGCAAAAGAAUCGAGAAGCAGCUCGUGAAUGUCGUCGCAAAAAGAAGGAGUAUAUAAAGUGCCUGGAAAAUCGUGUUGCCGUAUUAGAGAAUCAAAAUAAAGCGCUAAUUGAGGAGCUGAAGUCAUUAAAAGAGCUCUAUUGCCAGCAGAAAACCGAUUGAGAGAUGACUUUAUCAUCAUCAACAACAACAGCAACAACAUCCAAAUCGUUCGAAAUACCGUUAAAAGCCGACAACAAAAUUCGAAAUUUUAAAAGUGAAGGGAAUGAAUUGAGGAUGCGAUGUUCAGUGUAUUUUUUACGUAUUUUUUAAUGUUAAGCUGAUAACAAACCAUCUUGAAUAGUGAGAAUUUUGAAAUAGAGACACAACACAGAGUACUACUACAGUCAAGCUAUUCGAGCACUAUCAACAGCACCACCACCACCACCACCAUCAUCAUCAUCUAAAGCAACGACAGUUGUCCACGGCUAACCGGAUAUGUGUGUUGCUCUUCUUUUCGGUCUUGAUUUCAUUUUCUCAAUCUCAUUGAACCAACAAAAAAAACAAAAAUGAAAUUUGCACAUAUGUUUUCCAUCGACAAUUUCGAACAGUUCCAAUUAUCUUCUUCAUCGCUACACACCCUAGCAAUGUUCUGCUACAGACCGAUUUGCAUUCUUACUUUUUAUUUCUUCUUCUUCUUCUUUUUUUAAUUAUUAUUAUAUUGAGAGAAAAAAAUCAUGUUUCUUUGGUAGUUUUAAGGAAGAAAACAAUUAUUAUAAAUGUAUGUAUAAAGAGAUAUAUGUAUAUUUGAAAGAAAACGACACAUUUGAAAAAAAAAAUCUUUGAAAAAAAUAUGGAAUAUUUUUAUUACGCAUAAAAGUUAUAUAUUUAAAGAGUGAGUGAAUGAAAGUGGCACAGACAGAUACAGAGAGCGAUCGAAAGUUAUUAGUAAAAAUGCAAAUGGAUUUUAAUGAAUUAAAAAAAUGAAUCUAUAUAUAUAUAUAUUGAUUAGAUAUUUUGGGAAAUCAAAUUUGAAUUUGCAGCUCGGUGUUUCUUUUGUUUUUGGUAGAUUUCAUUUGAAACCAUUGAAUUUCGAACCAUAUAUAGCCGAUCGAUAUGUUUUUAAAAUCAGAACUAAGUCACAUUGUCCGCGAGAAAUGUUGUCAAACGAAAGGGAGAAAACAAACGAAAUAUGGAGAAAGAGAGUAUGUGAUGGUUGAACGCUUCCUUGGAAAAAUGUGUCCAAAACGUUGUUGAAAUAGCGUAUGAGGCUGGUUGAUUAAAUCGACUGGGCCUUGAACCGAAAAACCAUGUACCAUUUUUAUGUUACCCAUUUAUCUCAUAGCUAUGAAAGUCAUAUCUUUGCAUUGUUCUCUGCUGAUGCUUCUGGUUCUCCGACACUGACACACACACACACACACACACAUCCCAGGCUCCCUGAACAACACAGUGUCUCAACUAAUGUUGAAUCAACGGGCGUCCAAUCGCAUUCAGAACCGAACACACUGUUUUAACGAAGAAUAUUAUUUAAUGAGAAUAAAAAAAAAAUGUAAAUAAGAAUUGUCAUAGUUAAAACCAUUUCAAAUUACCACAAGAAAAAAACAGCAAAGAGUUGAAAAAACCGUUAGAAAAACACGUCUUAAGAAGAAUAAAAACUCUUAUAUUUGUACAAAAUAAACUGUAAGUUUGAAUGAAGAGAACGAUUUAUUGAGGAUUUUAUUAUUAUGUGUGACGAAAGAAAAAGAAAAAAAAAACAAACCAAUAUUGUAAACGAAACACAAAACGCUCUUUUUUGUAAAUAGAGGUAAACAGGACUUAAUGCAUUAAAAUACAAACAAAAACUAGACUAAAUUGUGAAGUAUCGCCAAUUUUUAGUUGGAACUCUGUCAAACCCGAACAAGAAAACAAGAACUAAUGGCAUAAAAGAAUGAAUAACACUGUUUCUGUUGAACAAGUAAAAUUGA